CGCGCCGGAGCGGCGCUGAGCCCCGGCGAGCCCCCCGCCGCCGCCGCGAUGGUGCAGCAGACCAACACGGCGGAGAACACGGAGGCGCUCCUUGCCGCCGAGACCUCCGACUCCGGGGCCGGCAUCGAGCUGGGCAUCGCCUCUUCCCCCACGCCGGGCUCCACCGCCUCUACGGGGGGCAAGGCGGACGACCCGAGCUGGUGCAAGACGCCCAGCGGGCACAUCAAGCGGCCCAUGAACGCCUUCAUGGUGUGGUCGCAGAUCGAGAGGCGGAAGAUCAUGGAGCAGUCCCCCGACAUGCACAAUGCCGAGAUCUCCAAGCGCUUGGGCAAGCGUUGGAAGCUGCUCAAGGACAGCGACAAGAUCCCGUUCAUCCGGGAGGCGGAGCGGCUGCGCCUCAAGCACAUGGCGGACUACCCCGACUACAAGUACCGGCCCAGGAAGAAGGUGAAGUCGGGCAACAGCUCCGCCAAGCCCGGCGACAAGGCGGACAAGGGCGGCGGGGGCGGCGCCGGCGGGGGCAGCGCGGGCGGCGGCCCCGGCGGCCCCGCGGCCUCCGCCAAGACCGCCCCGAAGAAGGGCGGUGGCGGUGGCUCCAAGCCCUCCCCCGCCGGCGGUGGCGCGGGCGGCAAGCCCCACGGCAAGGCGGCGGCGGGCGGCAAGGCCGCCCCCUUCCCCGGGGAGCCACCCGCCGCACUGCUGCCCCCUGAGCACCAGGCGCUUUACAAACCCCGGGGGGCGGCGGGCGCGCCCGCGGCGCCCGGCAAGCCACUGACCGAGAAGAAGCUGAAGCGGGUCUACAUCUUCGGAAGUGGGCAGUCGGCGGCCGCCUCCGCCUCCCCCGGUGGUGCCGUUCCUGGCAGCCCCACGCUGAGCAGCUCGGCCGAGGCCGGCGACCCCCUAAGUCUCUACGAGGAGGGGGGCGGCGGUGCGGGCCGGCCCGACGGGGACUGCGGCGGCGCCGACUGCCCCUCGCCCUCUGGCUCUGGCUCGCCCUCGGAUCACCGCAGCUACACCAGCCUGCGCGCCUCCUCCCCUGCCCCCUCGACGGCGCAUUCCUCCUCCGCGUCCUCCCACUCCUCUUCCUCUUCCUCCUCUGGCUCCUCUUCCUCGGACGACGAGUUUGAGGACGACCUCUUGGACCUCAACCCCAGCCCCGGCUUUGAGAGUAUGUCUCUGGGAAGCUUCAGCUCCUCAGUGCUCGACCGGGACCUGGAUUUUAACUUCGAGCCCGGCUCGGGCUCACACUUUGAGUUCCCGGACUACUGCACGCCGGAGGUAAGUGAGAUGAUCUCGGGGGACUGGCUGGAGUCCAGCAUUUCCAACCUGGUCUUUACUUACUGAGGCGAGAGCCGGGCCCUGCUGGAGGAGGCACAGACGCGCGUUGUCGGCAGGACUCGCCCAUCCCGCCAGGGCGCUUUUGUUUCUUGUUUAGUUUUGGCUUUGGCUUUUUUGUUUGUUCGUUGGGGGUUUUGUUUUGGUUGUGUUUUGUUUUUCUGGGAAGGGGCUGGUGAGACUGCUGCUUGUGUUCGGGGAGAGCGGUGGCGGGAGUGGGAUUGCCCUCUCCUUGCAGAAAGACCAGCAACCCCUUUCCUCCGGCUGGAGACGGACCCGCACACACCCCCUCCGAGGGACGAACCUAAUGGUGCUUAUUCAGAGACUGGCGGGAGCGAAACGCUUUUUUCUUUAUUUCCUGAAAAGAGUCAGAGGAAGGGGGGUGGGGGAGGAGGGAGCGGCAGGGGAAGACCACACACACCUCUUGGUUCUUUGUUUUUACCCGUUUUAUACGAAUAAAGAGGAGGGGGAGCGAUGCAUUGUGCUGAGCGCACACUGGAUGUCUUGAACAUUCGCUCUUUUGUGUGAAAGAGCGAGCAGAACUGCUUGGGGGGAGGAGAGGGAGGCCGAAAGCAGAAAAACACAACAACAGCAAAAAAAUCCACUCAAGGCCUUGCAAGGUUCUCGCUUGGGGGGAGAAAUCCUGUCCCGGUUUCGUCUGCGGUGAGAGGAGGCAACGAUGAUGGGAGGAGGAGGAGGAGGCGGCGGCAGUGGAUGGCGCUGGGAGCUGGACUGAGAUCCUAGUUAAGUGGAGAAGAGCCAGACUUACACUUGAGAGCUGUCUUCGAAAUACGGUGGUGGGAAGAUAAUAAUAAACUAAAACGGAUUUGCACGUACGGAUGAGGUGGCGGCAGCGCUUUUUUCAGUCACCUUAUGUCAUAUAUAGAGAGAAAAAUAAGACCGAAACUUCAAGAACACUGAGAACUUCUUUGGGGACAGUUUCUGUCAUGAUAUGUGGUACAGGGGAAAUGGCUUUUAAAAAAAAAAAAAAAAAAAAAAAAAAAAAAAGAAUACAAAAAAACACCCGGAAAAUAAAUAAAAAAAAAAAGUAGUUUUUUCCUUACUCAGAAUCGUGAUGGUGUUGGAUUAUUUCACUGGUUGGGUUUAAUAUAGCAUGUUAUCCUGUCUAUCUUUUUAAGAUUUCUGUAAGACUGUUGAACAGUUAAAAAAAUAGUGUUAGGAUAAUAUAAAAGCAGAUAGAUGGCGCUAUGUUUGAUUCCUACAAAAAUAUCACCAGCUUUUUUUCAUUCUUAACUCUUUAAAGGAUUCAAACGCAACUCAAAUCUGUGCUGGACUUUAAAAAAAAUUCAGGACCAAAUUUUUUCUCAGAGUAUGUGUGUGUUUGUUCCUUAUAGCUGUAAAUGGAAAGACUUUUUUCUCACCGAUGCUCCAUCCUCGUAUUGUUUUCUUUUCCUUGUAAAUGUAAUCUGAUGCCAUUUUAUAAGUGGACGUAUUUAUACUGGCCAAACAUUUUUGACUUGUAUUUCUUUGUCCUUUUUUGGUAGUUCUCGUUGUUACCCGCACCAUUUUAAUGUCUCCUUCACUGAAGGGCUAGAGUUUUAACUUUUAAUUUUUUAUAUUUAAAUGUAGACUUUUGACACUUUUAAAAACAAAAAGAGAAGAGAGAUGAAAACGUUUGAUUAUUUUCUCAGUGUAUUUUUGUAAAAAAUAUAUAAAGGGGGUGUAAAUCGGUGUAAAUCGCUGUUUGGAUUUCCUGAUUUUAACAACAGGGCCGCUGGUUAGUAUCUCACACGCGUGUGCGCGCUCACGCUCACUCACCCACUCUCACACACCCACGAAUCAGCCCCUAUUUUGUCCAUGUUUACACUCCAAUCUGCAGGCAUCUUAAAGUGACAGAAUCCCUCGUCGCCGGUGCCCUCUCUGCUUCUCCUGUGCCUCUCUGGGGGAGGGGGCCGGGGCAGCCGGAGGGGAAGGGAAGGACGAAGGCGUAUGUAUACACUGUAUGCUACCGUUCUGGGGAGAAAUCUAUCCCGGAAUGAAGUAAAGCAAGUAGUGCAUUUACACAGAAGGGAUCCUGUACCUUUAACUUGUAAUCCACAUCUUUUGCACUUUUUUUAAAAGCAAAAACGUGCCGUUUAAACCACUGGAUCUAUCGAAAUGCCGGUUUGAGUUCGCGACACUAUGUACUGCGUUUUUCAUUCUUGUAUUUGACUAUUUAAUCCUUUCUACUUGUCGCUAAAUAUAAUUGUUUUAGUCUCUUAUGGCAUGAUGAUAGCAUAUGUAUUCAGGUUUAUAGCUGUUGUGUUUAAGAUGAAGAAAGUGAAAACAUCUUUGUACAUUUAAGUCUGUAUUAUAAUAAGCAAAAAAGAAGAUUGUGUGUUUAUGUAUGUUAAUAUAACAUGACAGGCACUAGGACGUCUGCCUAAUGAGGUGGUUCCGUUAAGGGUUUAACUUUUUAUGUUCUUCGUUAUUUUUUUGGUCAUCCAUCCUGUGCAAUAUGCUGUGUAGCUUUUUUUUUUUUUUUUUUUU